ACGACUAUAGGGCUAGGCCGGCCAUCAGUAUCUCGUGGUGCUCUACUUUUGGUGGAGCUCAAUUUUUAAAAUUAUAACUACUUACCUGUUUUGAAGCGCAGUUGCGUGGCUUCAGAGCUAACGAUAUUAUAAAACAACGACAUCGAUUCAAAAAAAAAGAACCAAAAUAAAAAUAAACGUUAUUGACGGACGCUAAAGGAUUACUUUCGGUUUCGUUUCGCAAUUGUUACGUAAUCUAAGUGAAUAUCUGAAAGUGAACAUUUCAACAUUCAAAAACAUAAAAAAAGGAUAAACCAGGAUUAGGCUUUAUUGCCAUUCAAAGACUAUCCGUAGUGUGUGUGUGUUAAACAUAGAGUGUGAAAAUGAAGAAAUUCAUCACACUUCUAUGCGCUCUCAGCUUAAAUCUUGCUAGCUCAACAGAACUUCCUGCACAAUUACCACCAUGUGUGCAUGCCGGCUACUCAUACCCAGCUCCGGAGGUGAAAUUCUCUAUUGGACCAGCGAUUAGUUCACUUAAAUUAUCGCCCGCAGUUUCAACUUACUCAGAAGGUGGCAGCGUUAAAUAUGCGUCAGUGGGAGAGUCUGGAAGUAGCUAUGAGUCAUCACAAGGCUACUCAGGCUAUUCCUCUGGCGGAGGAUCAGUCAAAAUCGAAGGCCUACAGCCAGGAGUAAAAUUAUCAUCAUAUUCACCAGCAGUCACAUAUGCCAAACCUGAUGGCAUUAGUUACGCCGAUCAAUCGCCAGCUUCAAAAUACGCUGGUAUUAACCCAUCGGGUAUAGCUGUAUCGAACUACAUUGCUCCAGCUGUAAGUAAGACUGUUUACACAGCUCCAGCUCUGACUAAAAUAUCAACAGGACCUGCUUAUAUCCCACCAUCUGGAUCAUAUGUCACUUCAGGCAUUUCGAAGGCUUCAGGUGCGUAUCUUCCUCCGGCACCAGCAAUAACAUACUCUCAGCCUGCUAUCGCCAAAGUAGCGUACACAGCUCCAGCACUUACGAAAUACUCAUCUUCAGCGGGCUUAUCAACAUCUUACAUCUCGAGCCCGGGAUCAGUGCAAAAGGUUGCUACCUUUUCGUCUCCUGGCUACUCCUACUCACAAGCCACACCAGCGGUUUCAAAAAUAGCCACGUAUUCAUCGCCUGCCAUUUCUUAUGGACCAAGUCUGUCGAAAGUCGCCACAUACUCCUCACCUGGCUAUUCGUAUUCAAGUGCUUCUCCGGCGGUUUCCAAAAUAGAAACUUAUUCCUCUCCCGGAUAUUCCUACUCCCAAGCUGGACCAGCAAUUUCAAAGUUAGCUACUAUUUCCUCACCGGGUUACUCUUAUUCAGCUCCAGCUAUUGGUAAGAUAGCUUAUUCUUCUGCCGGCGAUGUCUCGCACCAGUAUAUUUCAGGAGGAUCGAAGUUGGCAGUGUCGGCGUACGCCCCUGCAAUCUCGUAUGGAGCCCCAGCAGUUUUAAAGGCUUCGUCAUACUCAAGCCCGGCUUCGUAUUCGUAUGCGGCGCAGCCUAUUGUGGCAAAAUAUGCUCAAGCUACGCCAUUGCAAUCGUAUUCAUAUGCUCCAGCAGUGUCGUCCUCGUAUUUAUCUGGAGGCUCAAAAAUUGCUUACGCUGCCCCAGCAGUAGCAAAGGUGGCCUCAUAUGCGGCUCCAGCUGUGGCUUAUUCUGCAGGAGCGGGACAUGCAACAUCAAGCCAAUAUAUCUCGGCGCCAGCUAGAAUCGCAACUUACUCUGCGCCGGCCGUAGCAAAGGUGGCAGCGUAUGCUGCCCCAGCAGUAACUUAUUCAGCAGGAGCGGGACAUGCAACAUCAAGUCAAUAUAUCUCUGCGCCAGCUAGAAUCGCGACUUACUCUGCCCCGGCAGUGGCAAAGGUGGCUACAUAUGCGGCUCCAGCAGUGGCUUAUUCAGCAGGAGUGGGACAUGCGACGUCGAGUCAAUAUAUUUCAGCCCCAGCUAAAAUCGCAACUUACUCUGCACCUGCAAUAGCAAAGGUAGCGUCAUAUGCGGCUCCAUCCAUAUCUUAUUCGACAGGUUCAGGACAUGCUACUUCCAGUCAAUAUAUUUCCGCACCAGCUAAAAUUGCAUAUGCUGCUCCAGCUGUGAGCAAAAUAGCAACUUAUGCAGCUCCAGCUAUUUCAGCCCAAUACCUUCCGGCACCAGCUAAAGUGGCUUAUUCAGCUGCUCCAGCGGUGAGCUACUCGUCUGGACAUGCAGUCUCCUCGCAAUACAUUUCGGCUCCUUCCAAGAUUGGUUAUGCAUCUCAGGGGUUAUCGAAAAUAGCAUCUUAUUCUUUACCAGCACCUGUUCUGACCGCAGGACAUGCUGCCGCAGGCCAGUACAUUUCUGGUGGUGCCAAAAUUGCCUAUGCCGCCCCUGCUGUGGCAAAAAUUGCAACCCCAGUCGUUGCUACGCAGUACGUUUCAGCACCUGCAAAGAUCGGCUAUGCAGCCCCAUCUCUUGGAUAUUCAUCGGGACACGCAGUGUCUUCGCAGUACAUAUCAGCACCAUCGAAAAUCGGAUAUUCUGCCCCAUCUACUUCUUACAUAUCUGCACCAGCUAAGGUGGCAUAUGCUGCCCCAGCCGUUGCAUCGUACGCUGCUCCGGCAGUAGCAAGUCAGUAUAUUUCAUCGGGAGCCAAGAUUGGAUAUUCUACUGGACCAGCGUUGGCAAAGGUUGCAACAUAUUCUUCAGCUCCUGCGGUAUCAUCCCAAUACAUUUCAGCACCGUCAAAAAUUGCCAUUGGUGCACCAGCUGUCGCAAAAAUUGCAACUUAUUCAGCUCCGGUGGUUACAAAGCUUGCAGCUUAUCCCGCACCUUCAGUAUCUUAUUCAUCAGGACACGCAGUAUCUUCGCAAUACAUAUCUGCCCCAGCUAAGGUCGCCUAUGCAGCUCCCGCAGUUGCCAAAAUUGCAACAACGCCGCUCGUUGCAACUCAAUAUUUAUCAUCUGCUGGCCAUUCGGCUUCCUAUUCUGGAGCAUCUUUGGGAAAAAUCGCAACCUACUCUUCAGCUCCCGCUGUUUCAUCGCAAUACGUAUCUGCUCCAUUGAGGUCACACGCUUACGGCGGAGCAGCUUUGGGCAAAAUUGCAACGUAUUCCUCCCCGGCGAUAUCGGGUUACUCGUCAGGACCUGUCGUAUCCAAGAUUGCUUCAUACGCAUCACCUGCUAUAGCCUCGUACUCAACGGGACCUGCUUAUUCAACUGGAAUUGCCAAGGGUGGUGCUGGUAUUGGAAUCAUUCAGUCAGGAGGGGCUUAUUCCAAGUCUGCUGGAUACACUUAUUCCACCGGACACGGUUCUGUUGGCGGCAUAGGUACAAUCGCUGGUCCUGCUGUAUAUCAGUCUGGCCUUGCAUUGGGAAAAGUAGCAGGCUAUAGCUCUCCAGGAUCUGUUUCGUAUCACGGAAGUGGAAGCGCUGGAAUAGGCAAACUAGUUUCUUCAGGAAUUGCAGUAGGUAAAAUUGGAGCAUAUACCACGGGACCAGCUAUUGGUGGAAUUCAUGGCGGUCAAAUAGGUGGUAUUAGUGGCAUUGGAGGCAUUGGAGUGGCUGGUGGUGUGAUAGGAAAAUAUGGUGCUAUCAGUUUAGGACAUUCUUCUGUCUCUCCAUCGAUUACAUAUCAUGGUGCUUUAGCUCAAGCUGCUGGAAGAAGUGGCACGGGACUUGGUCAUGCUCUAAGGGGUGGUGGAGGUGGAUUAGGAGUUGGGGCAGUUAAAGUUGGUGCAAUAGGAGUUGGAUCAUUGGGUAUUGGUGCAUUAGGGGUUGGUCCAUUGGGAGUUGGGGCACAUGGACCAGGAGUACACGGAGCUGAUGCCUAUGGCCGACCAUUCUUUAGAUAUGCCCUUGGGGCACCUUCAGUUGCAUCUUAUGCAGCUGCACCUGCCGCAUAUGUGAAAGCAGUGCCCACUGCUGUCGUCAAGCCAGUUAUUUCCAAACACCUAGAAUAUUACAACGAUCACGCAAGAUAUGCGUUCGAGUAUGGAGUAAACGAUCCCAGUACUGGUGAUAUUAAACAUCAAAAGGAAGAACGUGACGGUGAUGUUGUGAAAGGUGAAUACUCCUUAGUGGAACCAGAUGGAAAUGUUCGUACAGUCAAAUACUACGCCGAUUGGGAAACUGGAUUCCAUGCUGAAGUAAUUAAUAGCCGAGAUGCGAAAGUUAUUGCAAAACGGAAUACGAGAAAAGCUUAAAUUUUAAUGUUUUUUAAAAACGCGUUUUUCUUGUUUUAAUUUUUUGGAUAUAUUAACUUAAACAAAAUUAUUAGUUCUUUUAAUAUAAUAAUAUUAUAAUUUAUGUUUUGACAAAAAAAUGCAUAUCCGGUCGAAAGAUAAUAAUUUAAACAGAAAAAAAAUACUCGUAGAAUAAUUUUCACAUCUCAUAUAAAUGAUCGCUUUUGUCACCAGCUCUUCUAUUUUUUUAUAUAAUUAUAUCAUCGUGAAUGCUCAUAAAAUUAUUUGUAAUGAAAUGUAAAUAAUAUUUAUUUAAAACAAAAACAUAAAAAUGAGAAAAAAAUGCAAAAUAAUGGCAAUCUUGUUAUUAGUUUAAAAAUAAGGAAGAUAAUGUUACAUGUACAUGGAUGUUUUACCAUGCGGUGGGGAACAUAUUGAAAUGUAUUGAAUGUGUAAAACUUUUGCAAAACAAAAAACACAUUUUGAAAAGAAAUAAUAUUUUAUUGUUAAUAUUAAUAUUUUUUUUUAAAUGUGAUAAAAAAAGUGUCUUGCGUCAUAAAUUUGUAUAAAUGAAAAAUCACGACACAAUAAAUUAAAAUGUAAAAGAUAUCAUAAUAAUAA